AUGAUCUCGUCGAAGCCCGCUAUGGCCAUCAGCUGUGCCCUCCGCGUGGCUCAAGCGCCUUUCAAGGCUGCAGACAACGGGCAGUUUGCAUUCGCGGAGGGCGCCAAGGUCAGGGUGAAGGACGCCAUCAAGGUCUAUCAUGUGCCCAAGACUCCGGAGCUGGAGCUGCAGGGGCUGGAGGGGACGGUGAAGAAGAUUGCGGCUCUCCACAAGGGCGCGGUGCUUUCGGCCAACCUGCAGUACCGGGUGCAGUUCCAGACCAGCGUGGGCGGCAAUGACGUCAAGUUCUUCGCUCACCUGGCUGAAGACGAGAUCGAGGCCGCCUGA